AUCGCAAUCGUAAAGGACCCGUUCAAUGAGCUGAGGACUUUUCCAAACUACCUCAUCUUGAAUCUGGCGGUAUGUGACCUAAUCGUAGGUAUUCCAAGCGGACUGUUACUGGGUUUAUCUCAUUUUUAUGUAUCAUAUAAUUUGAACUACGUGGCCUUCACUUCGCUGUAUACGUCCAUGGUAGCAUCUGCCUUGACUAUACUAACACUUGCAUUUGAGCGAUACAUCAUGGUCGAAGCGCCACUUAAAAGCCGGGAAUAUCUGAUUCACUCACACUUAAGAUUGGUCAUUGUCUACAUAUGGCUGUUUGCCCUGUGCGUGGCUCUGCUUUCUCUUCUGUAUAGAUGCAAUGAGGCAGAGUACAGGCUCAUAAUCACCGACGCAAUCGGAUUUCCAGUCGUGGCCCUCAUGUUUCUUAUAUACUCACGGAUAUUUCUCUUGGUGCCAAAAUGGAUUCGGCAAGAUCUCGAUCCUUCUAUUUUAGAGAGUCAAAGAUUGUUAGGCAGUGACAAUCUUUCCGAAAACAUUCGCACGCGUGAAAGG